AUGCAAUUGAUUUAUCCAAUAUGUCAUCAACGAUCAAAUUUAAUUAAUAAUUUAAUUGAUAGUUUACCAGAAAAUUAUAUUGUACGUGAUAUAAUUGAACGUAAAUACAGUACAGCAACACCUGAUUGUCCAGCUGGCUAUAAUCAACAAAUUAAAGAUCGUAUAAAAAAAUUGCAAAAAGCAGAUGGAGAAGAAAAAGAUGAUAUUAAUUAUUCAGAUUAUGUAAAACCAGCAGCUGCUGGUCUUAUUGGUGUAGUUGGUGAUUUAUUUUUGGCUAAAGGUGUUAAAAAAUUAUGUGACAAUAAUAAAAAACGAAAUGAACAUUUGAAGAAAAAUGAUUACACAUUCAUUUGA